GCCUUCGGCUCCCACCGGUUUGCUGGGGCCCAACAUGGAGGUUCCCCUGAACAAGGGGGUGGAGAGGCUCACUCCACAGGAGGUGCACCAGCUCCUCCGUGCCGGGCUGUGCGUGGUGGUGGACGUGCGAUCCGCAGACCGGGCCUCCGGCCACAUCCAGGGGGCGGUGCACGAGCCAACCAGUUUCGAGCAGCCCCUUUUGAAUCGGGUGCCGGAGCUGGCGAAGAGAUUCUCAGAGGCAAAGCUGGUCAUUUUUCACUGCCAGUAUUCCAUGCAUCGUGGCCCGCA